AGCGGAGAUGGGCGGGAGCAGCGCCCCGAGGAGCGGCCGCGGCGGAGGCGGAGAUGGCGCUGGGCUUAGCUGGUGCUCCGGGAAAUAGAGAGUUGGGCAGAGUUCCCACCCUGUGGAGCUUGCAGUCGAAAAAAUCCUCUACACACCAAGAAGGCUGGCAGAGUAGCAGUUGAUCCACAGUGGGAGCCCAGAGGGGGAAGGAAACAACUAGAAAGCCAUUCCAGAAGUGGCUGUGUGGUAUUUAGAGAGCUGGGGACCAGCUGCAGCAUGCAGAGAUUUCCAGAGGUUUCUGUUGAGUGAGGAGAGGGCUGUGGGCUCAGGUUGCCCAGAGUCUCAGUCUGAGCAAGAACUGCAGAAGAUGUGCUGGAUUCAAGAACUGCAGGCAUGUGUUCAACUAAACCCAGGUUUCUGUAUCUGCUUUUGGGGUGCUUGAUCGAAGUGGGGCCUCCAGAACAGCCUGUUCUGUCUGCAGAGAAGCAGAGAAGUGCAGUUGGUGAGCAGUGUUAAGAAACAGGCCUCACCCAGAUGAACCAGAUGCUCUUCAGUGUCUGAGUCCUCUAAUGAUCUUGCAAUGAUACUAGGUUUUAUUAAAGAUGCCUGGUGAGAAGCAGAGUGCAGUGAAAUACUACGUUGGAGUUGACGUGGGCUCAGCCAGCGUCCGCGCGGCGCUGGUGGACGGGUUUGGGACGGUGGUGGCACAUGCAGAACAACCCAUCCAGGUGUGGGAGCCCCAGCCUGACCACUAUGAGCAAUCCUCUGCAGACAUCUGGGCUGCCUGCUGCUCUGUCACAAAGGAAGUUGUCCGUGGAGUGGAUGCCAGCCUGAUCCGAGGGCUUGGCUUUGAUGCUACCUGUUCCCUUGUUGUGGUGGAUAAACAGUUCCAGCCUCUGGCAGUCAACUCUGAGGGACAGAACCAUAGGAAUGUGAUCAUGUGGAUGGACCAUCGUGCAGUGAGCCAAGUCGAGCGCAUCAAUGCAACCCAGCACAGGGUUCUGAACUAUGUAGGGGGAACCAUGUCUGUGGAAAUGCAGCCACCUAAAUUGCUCUGGAUAAAGGAAAACUUGCCAAAAUCAUGGGAGAAGGUUGGCUACUUCUUUGAUCUUCCAGAUUUCUUAUCUUGGAAAGCCACAGGUGUCACUGCAAGGUCUCUGUGUACAGUAGUGUGCAAGUGGACAUACACAUCAGAUAGAGGUUGGGAUGACAGUUUCUGGAAAAUGAUUGGUUUGGAAGAUUUGGUGAAGGAUAAGUAUGAAAAAAUAGGAAAGCUCGUCUUGUCUCCUGGAGAGGCGGUUGGGAAAGGUCUGACACCGGACGCCGCACGAGAGCUCGGUCUCCCCGCAGGGAUUGCAGUGGCAGCAUCUCUCAUUGAUGCACAUGCUGGAGGACUAGGAGUAAUUGGAGCAGAUGUGAAAGGACAUAACCUUCCAUGUGAGAACCAGCCCAUUACAUCCCGAGUCGCUAUGAUCUGUGGAACAUCUUCGUGCCACAUGGGGGUGAGUGAAACCCCCAUUUUUGUGCCUGGUGUUUGGGGACCGUAUUUCUCUGCCAUGGUGCCUGGAUUGUGGUUGAAUGAGGGAGGCCAGAGUGCUACAGGAAAACUGAUCGAUCACGUGGUGCGAGGCCACGUCGCCUUCCCAGAAUUAGAGGCAAAAGCUGCAGCCAGUGCUCACAGUAUAUAUACAUACUUGAACAGUCACCUGGAUCUGAUUAAGAAAUCUUUGCCUGUGGGUUUCCUCACUGUUGAUUUACAUGUUUGGCCAGAUUUCCAUGGUAACAGAUCUCCCUUAACAGAUCUGACACUAAAGGGCAUGGUUGUUGGACUAACAUUGUCUCGGGGUCUGGAUGAACUUGCCCUUAUCUACCUGGCCACGAUCCAAGCCAUUGCUUUGGGAACAAGACAUAUUUUGGAGGCUAUGCAGGCUGCAGGACAUGACAUCAGCACGCUGUUCCUGUGUGGUGGGCUGAGCAAGAACCCUCUCUUUGUGCAGAUGCACGCUGACAUUACUGGCAAACCUGUUGUGCUGUCCAAAGAAGUGGAGUCUGUUUUAGUGGGUGCUGCUAUUCUUGGAGCUUGUGCUUCUGGAGAUUUUGCAUCUAUCCAGGAGGCCAUGGCGAAAAUGGGGAAAAUUGGGAGAGUCGUGCAGCCCAACCACGAGCAUAAAAGAUUUUAUGACAAGAAAUACGAGGUAUUUUUGAAGCUUGUGGAGCACCAGCGAGAAUAUCGCUCCAUCAUGAACAGCUUGUGAUGCAGAGGCAUGGGAUCUGGAAACAGCAGGGAUAACAAAUUUCCAGGCAUGUGUGAUGCGGGUAAUUCCUUCUUACUGUACUGUCCAUGUGAAAAAUAUACUUCUGUCAUUUCAAGUAUACAUUUUAAUUUUUAAUGAGAAAUAAAAUGCAGUCACUUUACUGUGAA